CGCACAGAGAAAGAGCGAGAGGGAGAGGAAAAUAAACAGAAGCCAAAACGAAACGCCCCAGUCCCCACCCCACGCGUUUACCACUACCUCCUCCUCCUCCUCCUCUCCUUCCUCAGCUUUAUUUGCGAAGGAAAACCACAUUCCUUUCGAUUCCCUCCCAGUCCCUCAAACCCCCCCUCUCUGUCUUGUAAAAAUCCUCUCUUAUUACUAUUAUAAUUAUGUCACAGAUCCAUGGGAGAAGAACCCCCGAAUAAUCUCCAUUAGAUCCACACCAUUUCCCUGCACCUCGGCCCACCUGAUUUAACCAGCGAGCACCGACACCCCUCCAAUAAUCUCCACCGCCCGAUCUCUAAAAAACCCAGGAUGAAGAGCACAUCACGAUUAUUCACGAUCGGUCUAGUGUCAUCAUGGUACUGCUCAAACAUAGGAGUUCUGCUACUAAACAAAUACCUUUUAAGCAAUUACGGGUUCAAGUAUCCGAUCUUCUUGACCAUGUGUCACAUGACAGCUUGUAGUUUGCUAAGUUACGUUGCAAUUGCGUGGAUGAAGAUGGUGCCUAUGCAGACCAUCCGGUCUAAAACACAAUUCAUUAAGAUCUCGGCUUUAAGUCUCGUGUUUUGUGUGUCGGUUGUGUUUGGUAAUAUUUCUUUGAGGUUCUUGCCUGUCUCUUUUAACCAGGCUAUUGGUGCCACUACGCCCUUUUUUACGGCUGUUUUUGCUUAUCUGAUGACUCUUAAAAGAGAGGCUUGGCUGACUUAUGUUACCUUGAUUCCUGUUGUCACCGGGGUUGUUAUUGCUAGUGGGGGUGAACCAAGUUUUCAUCUAUUUGGGUUUAUAAUGUGUAUAUCUGCUACGGCUGCAAGGGCGCUCAAAUCAGUUCUGCAAGGGAUUUUGCUUUCUUCGGAAGGUGAGAAGCUGAAUUCAAUGAAUCUCCUCCUAUACAUGGCUCCGAUAGCUGUUGUAUUUUUACUCCCUGCAACGCUUAUCAUGGAAGAAAAUGUGGUUGGUAUCACACUAGCUCUUGCCAGAGAUGAUGUCAAGAUCAUCUGGUACUUGCUAUUCAACUCCUCACUGGCGUAUUUUGUGAAUCUGACCAACUUCUUGGUUACAAAACACACAAGUGCUCUAACUCUCCAGGUUCUCGGUAAUGCAAAAGGAGCUGUAGCUGUUGUGGUUUCAAUUUUAAUAUUCAGAAAUCCUGUGUCUGUUACUGGAAUGCUUGGUUACUCGCUUACAGUUUUUGGAGUCGUCCUCUACAGUGAAGCCAAGAAACGAAGCAAAUGAUGAUGUAUGAUUCGGGGAAAGCAUUACUUGCGAUUUCCAUACUUCAUUUAUGUCAGUGCCAGGACGGCAGCAACCUUCCAAGAGGCAAGUUAAGGAUGUGGUUGGUGCCAUGGAAUUUGGCUCUCUGGAUUCUAUAUUUUUUGUCCAGGAAACCCGAGUGGGUGGUUUCCGUUUGUAUCAGCAACGACAGCAGGAUUAGCCAGAAGUAGAAUACUCAAAUAAGUGACUGAUUUAUCUCUACUAUUCCAGCUUGAGGUUGUAGAGAAAUAUCAUUUUUAUCUUUUUUAUUCUUUCAGGAAAAAAAUUGUAGAAUCGGGUCGUUACACAGUCAGUUUGUUAUUAACAUUUGUCAUAUUUGAUUAAUUAAUGAAAGGAACAGUCAAAAUUUUACUA